CAAAACCAAAAGAAAAAAGAAACCAACCUAUUUUGGCUGUUUCCUAUUUGUGUCAAUAACACAAUGAAUUUAACAACAAAUACAUAACUUCAGCCAAAUUCUCUGUGAACUCCAUUGAUGAAGCUCUCUAUUUCUCUCAACAUCUACAGCUGAAUUGAGCUCACAAUUCAAUGGAGUACAACUACAAUUCAUGGGCCGGAGUACCGCCAAACCCAGCCUUGUACCCUAACCCUUCACCACCGGUGAUGACAAACUCCGAUCAAUCUGUGCCUCAAAACCCUAACCCUAGUUCAUAUGCACUUGGUUAUGGUGGAGGACACGAAUUCCAAGGAAAGUGUUUGGUCUAUCGUUAUGGACAGAUCGAUGGUGCUACUAGCUCUGUGGAAGCAACGCAGGUGUAUUAUCAGGAUCCGAAUGUGGUGCGACUUUUGGGAUCAAAUGGCCCUUUCAGGACUGGUGAGAUAGCUGCAGUGUCCCUAAAUGGUGCAGAGAAUUUGACUCCUGCAAAUGUAAAUCCCAAUUUUUUUUUUCAACCUCCGAGAAGUGGGUCUUGGGGAGGAGGCCAAAGGAAAAUUAAGAUACAGCCUGUAUGGUGUCAUGUUUGCAAAAUUGAAUUUACCAGCCAAACUGUUCUUGAUCAACAUAUAUUAGGCAAAAAACACAAAAAAAGUUUGGAUAACUUAAAAGGAGGCAGUGUAAUCACAGCUUCUACUUCUGCAGCGUCAGAGAACCCAUUUGUUGGACUGCACGAGGAGCCCAACAAGGUGAAUUCAGCAAAUGGACGAGAUUCAGUGAAUAAGGCCGUUAAAGUGAUUGAGAAUUUGGAGACAAAAAAACGUAAGGUUUUGGAAGGAGGAGCAGCCACAGACGACGUCCGUAUUUGUCUUCCUUGCAAUGUGGUUUGCAACAGUGAGUCUGUUUUCAGAACUCAUCUAAUUGGCAAAAAGCACAUUGCUAACAUAACAAAGCAACAGAAAUCUGUCCCUGCUUCUGCAUCUCUUGUUCCUUUGGAGGUGUCAGUUAGCACAUUUAUUGGACCACAAGAGAAACCUGGCAUAGUAAAUUCUGGAGAUGGGCAAGAUCCAAUGAAGAAGGCAGCUGAGCUGAGUGAGAAAUUGGAGACCAAGACACAAAAGGUUUUGGAAGGAGGAGCAGCUGCAAAUGACGUCCGUCAGUGUCUUGUAUGCAAGGUGGUUUGCAACAGUGAGACUGUUUUCAGUCAUCAUGUCACUGGUAAAAAGCACAUUGCUAACAUGAAAAGGCAAGCAUCUGGAGUAACCCCCGCCAGUUAGAAUGGGAAUUGCGAUGGAGAUUUAGAGGAGAUGAUGCUCGUUCUCAUUUCAUUUUCUCCGAUUUCUUACAGUCGAUAUGAAUAGUUUACUGUACAUUACAUUAUAUGCAACAUGUUUGAUAGUAGUCGCAUUUGCUUUUAUCAAAGCAAGUGGACAGUGAUUUGGCAAUUAGAGCUGAUUAAAGCCAGAACAUGAAGACCUAGUGUUUUUUUCAGCUAUAGUUUAUAAAGAAGUGUUUAAAGUUUUAGUACUUAA